UAGGUUCCGAACAUGCUUUCAAUGAGAAGAAAUUUACUAUGGAAAUGCAUCUGGUCCAUCGAAAUAAAAAAUUUCUAGGUAUGGAAGAAGCAUUGGAUCAUACCGACGGGCUAACAGUUCUUGCGUUCUUUUUUCAGAUUAGUGAAAAAGAAAACAAACCGCUGAAUCAAAUUUUGAGACAUCUACCUCGAGUAUACCAUUCCGAUGCGAGAGUUUUUUUCACUUCAACUUUUACGCUAGCAUCUAUUUUGCCUAAGCCUAAGAAUAUGAAAAGAUUCUACAUGUACACAGGAUCUCUGACAACACCGCCGUGUUCAGAAGCUGUCACAUGGAUUGUAUUUCCAAAUCCGAUGCCUGUAUCAAACAAACAAGUGAACAAAUUUCGAAGUAUGUUAACUCACGACAACCACACAAGACUGACAUGUAACUUCAGAUGUUUGCAAAAAAUAAAUACAAGAUCAAUUUUCUAUCGCAAAUCUUCCUCACAAAGGAGGAAUUCCAACCCCUUCAGCCAUCGAGGUUCCAUUCACCUUUAAAUAUUCGGUUCUACAUGCUCUAUCUCAUCAUGUACUGUGCAAGUGCAAAUCUCUGUAGCAGGACACUACCAUGUCUUAGCUCUAAAGUGUAAAACUUUUGUAAUCAGCUGUAGCUUCCUUUCUGCUUUAACAAAUAUAUUGUAACGAAUUA